AACGAGAAAGGCGGCGGUUUUAUUUCCAAUUCGAACAACGGUUGACGAUUUCACGAAAAAAUAGUUUCCGUUAAGCAGAUUGUGCAAAUAAAACAUGAGCAGCAAAGGUAUUCCGAUCAAACGAGCCAACAAUGCAGCGGGUGCAGUGACGGGUACUGGCACUUCCGGUAUCGGUACUGCCGGCAGUGGAAGUGGCAGUAAUAACAGCUCGGUCAGUGCCCAGGAGGAACAGUUGGAUGCUGCCAUAUUUUAUUGCCUCAAUGCGCUAACCAAGAGACAUCCGGCUACCGCCGAGUUCCGGGCCGUUUUUCUGAAGGGAAUGUUCAUCAAGCCCAACACCAAGGCUUUCAUUCAUGUGCUGCAUUUUCUGUUUAAUAUAUACGACGUCAAAGAGUUUCGUAAGCGUUUCUACUGGCCGAUUUACGACAAAAAUGCCGAAAGUGCAUUCCGGAGCGCCACGGUAGAAUAUGUCAACAGUCUGAUCGAACGGGGUCGACUGGAACUGGAAAAAAUCAAAGCCCACACAGUGGUUUUGCCAGGAGGAAUCAAGUUUAUGAAAUUUCUGCUGGUACUUAUCAAAAUGGUGCUGAAAGAAGAGUUAAGGCGUACAGGGGGUGGAACAGGAGGGAAAAUAUUGUCCAAAAAUGAUCUCAACGAUGUAGUUCAGUACCACCAGGAGUGGGAAGAAAUAGGAGCAAACAUGCGAGAAAUCGUACAGAAGGAUCUGAGGAUCAUUCAAAACAGAAUUCUGGAAAUUGAUGACUGGAUCGAGAAGCUUCUGGGCAAAUGUCACGGACCUGCUAAUCAGAUGAGUUUUGAAAAGCUGAUGCAACUCUGGGGCAUUAUCAACAGAAAACAUUUUGAGGACAAUGAAGCCCGCAGGCGGCGACUCCGGGAAGUUACUGAGGAGUAUAACAGGGUAAUAGUAUCUGCAAAACGGAAAUUAGAGCCCAAGGAAUUGUCACUGGGAAUUAAUGAAGAGGAGCUGAAAGAAACUUUGUAUCGUUUGGAGAUAUUGUUCCCCGAUAAUGCUUGCCAUUUUAGAGAGGUUUUUGAUGAGAAUGGAAAGAUUGAUGCUGUAAAAUUAUUCGAAAUUUUGUUAUUUGUUUUACCGCAAAUCGAACAACACUUCGGAAGCUUUUCAGUUCGCAGUACAGAGUCCUUGAAGUUUGAACUGAAAGAACUGUCGAAAGUCGCAGUCAAAUCGGACAGCAUAUGCCAUGAGCUAGCUUCACUACGUAGAUCUCUUCCUUUUCAGGAUGCUAAAUUUCGAGAACUUACCAGUCCAGAUACGAAUGAGGAGCUAAACAAUGAUCUUGGUAUAAGAAACAAAAUUUUCAAUACUCCUCCGAUAAGUUUGAACUUUUUGGAAGAUGGUGGUGGUACAACUUCAAAAUGUUCUCGUUUGGCACUUCUGGACGAUGAUCAUGUUCAUCAAAUGAACCUCCGUAUGAAGCUUCUUUCGACAAGUGUCUGUCAUCAGAUUCCGAAAACACCUCGAUCCUCGAAAAAACCGAAAACUCCUGCCAUUCAGAGUCCCGUGAAUGUAUUUGCCGUUCCUAAGCCAGCUCGUAAAGAAAAAAUGAAUCCCCUGUCUAUGCUUAACAAAAUAACCGCUCAAGGCAAAACUAAACCCAAGGCACCAGCUCCCGUUACAUUGCAAGUUAAUAGUACUUUGAACAUUUCGUCUCUUUCCGCACUAGGAGAAAUGUCGCUUAGACCAGAAUUUUCGUCAACACUUCUUGCAUCACCCGAAAAACAAUCGCACAACAGACGCAGUAUUAAUGCCAAUGACACCCUUGUGGUUCCUCAGCAACAUCCACAAACCAAUCUCAACUUAACCGUAACUAAUUCACCGAGUUAUCAGUCCUCGCCUCGAUUGAAAGCCAUUUACAACGAAGAUAUAAUUCAAAAAACGAUAAGCAACAAAGUGACGAUGUCCCCCGAUUCGCUAUUCCCAUUGGGCACCCGCAACCCGGACCGAAGGCGAAGUUCGCUGUUACAGCUGGAUCAGUUGCAAAUCUCCCCUUCCGGUAAGCUGGACCCACUGGUCAACGGUGCUCCGGGUGCUGGCAAAUUCUACCGACAGCAGCCAAAGAUACGGCUAUCUUCAUCCCUGGCGGCCACAGUCGAGACGGAUGGCGACGAUCCUAUGGACGCAAUGCACGGUGCCAGUAGCCCCGAGCGGAAUGAUUCAACAGAUCGUACCCUGAAUGCGCAGGACAACAGUCAACCACUAGAUCUAUCCACAACCCUGGUUGAUAUGGGUAUGAGCAAACUAUCGCUCGGUGGUUCAGUAGCAGAUGUGAAGAGUCCGUCGAUACAGGAUGCAGCCCUUGAUCGGAUAAAGAUUGGUUCGCCGUCUGAAAUAACCGAUGAAGUCGACAGCCAACCAAUUCCUGCCAUUUCGAACGAAGAUUUGUUUAACGUGAGCGACGGCAUCUUGACGGAUUUUGAUUGAAUAAUAGGAACGUUGAGAGCUGUUCAUGAUUUACCUGAAAAGGUUUAGUGGUGAAACUGGCUUCGAAAUCCUUGGUACUCAAAUUUACCUUAAUGGACUUUUGCAAGAACAAAUGGUAGAAUGCCGAGUAGGUCAGCUAUAUUGAUAAAUGGAACAGAUCAACUAAAACAAAUCUUCUUAGUCCCGAACAGCUAUGGCCAACAGAA